GCUCAUUUUAGCGUGCCAGGGGCGAAAAGGUGACAGGGACAACGCUGUUUGGGCUUAGUGGUACGCUGAGGCAUAACCGAACAAGCGGUGCGGGCUAGCACGACACCUAAUGGGCGCCAAGCGCGAGCCGCAGCGGCGCUGGCACCGCAAGCUCGCCGCCGCCGCGUGCGCACUAGCGCUGGCCACGCUCGCGCUGCGCUUGGCCGCGUCGCGGCCGGGCGCCGCGCAGCACUGGCUCGCGUCGGUCAACAUCGAACAACGAGCGGGCGUGCCCCGGAGGUGCGGCUCCGACGGGCGAGCCACUUAUGCGUGGAUGAACCCGGUCCAAUUCAACCGGACGUUCACGCGCGCGCGGGGCACGGCGCUGUUUCUGGUGGGCUGCGGCCACUCGGGGACGACGCCGCUGACCGCGCUGCUGCAGCGCCACCCCGGCGUCUUCGUCUACGCGCCGUCCGCGGACCUGGAGUACGCGAUCAAGCCGGACAGCUUCUCCCCACUACUGGGGUCGUCUCAAAACGACCGGGCGACCUUGGACCGCCUCGCACGCGGCAACGCGUGGCUCGUGAAGAGUCCCUCGAACGUCUGCCGGCUGGGCUACAUCCUGAUGCACGUGCCGUCGGCGCGCGUCGUCGCGUUGGUGAGAGACGGGCGCGACGUCAUGUUGAGUUUGAUGGAGCGGUACCCGGACGCGGACCCCGCGGGCGACUUGUGUCUCGGGCGGUGGGUCCACGACAACACUGCAUUAUUACUGUACGAGCGGGACCCGCGGCUCCUGAUCGAGCGGUACGAGGACCUCUUCGAGGGCGCGCCGCGGUACCCGUCCCUCCGGCGGAUUUUGGGGCACUACGGCGUCACCUAUGAUAACGUCGCGGACCUGAUGGCGCGCCCCGCGAGCGACGCGCAUGGGUCCACGUCCGCCAAGGCGUCCGCGGCGCACACGCGCCUGCGCGCGCAACAGGUGUCGAAGCCGCUCCGCACGGCCGCGCCGCGCUGGCCCGCGGAGCUGAGCCCCGCCCUGAAGCGGACCUUCAAGCGGGACAAGGCGGCCGUGAGGCUGCUCGUGCGGUUCGGCUACGCGAACGAUAGUAAUUGGUAAUUG